GAAUGAUGACGUCGUUAAUUAUAUAUUCUGAUAUAUAAGCCCACCAGGUUUCUACAUCCCAUUUUGUAUCAUCCCUCCAUCCUCGAGCUAUUGUGGCUUGUAUUCCAGCUGUCAUAUAUUUUAGAAUCUCUGUCCAAUUAUUGUUAUCUUCCAUUACCUUUACUGUGAGAGACAUGUAUCUAGCUUUGUCCCAUAUUAAUUCUUUCCCUAUUAUUUCUUCCAUUAUUUUUCUUAUUUUUCUAUAAAAGUUCUGAAUUUUUCUACAGUCCCACCACAUGUGGGAAAAUGUACCUAUUUCCCCACAGUUGUGCCAACAUUUAUUUGAAGUAUUUCCCGUUAUGUGUGCUACUUGCAGUGGGGUUCUGUACCAUUUGGAUAUUAUUUUCCUUUGGGUUUCUUUAAUCCUUAUAUGUUUAAUUUUAUGAAUAUUGUCAAUCCAAGUCCCAAUUAAUUUCUCAGUAAAGUUUUUUUUCCUGUUUCCAAUUAUCUAUAAUGGUUAUUUUUGUAUUGUAAGUUAAUGUGAUUAGUUCAUCAUACAAUAGCCCAGUUAUUCCUUUAUCUAUUUCUAUUUUCCUUUUAAUUAUUCUAUCCAGUGGGGUUUCAACUACUUCUCUUCUUUUCAUGGCCUGGGCUUUACUGGACAGACCUAACCAUGCUAUCCAGUUCCCUUGACCACAUUUAUCUUUUAUUUAAUCCCAAUUUACUAUUUCUCCUUUGGGAUUCAUGAUGUCCCACAUUUGACUAAUUUGUUUGCCAGAAGAUCAUAGGGGACUUUGUCGAAGGCCUUACUGAAAUCCAGAUAGGCUACAUCCACGGCAUUCCCUGCAUCUACCUGGGAUCCGAUCCUGGGAUAUAGGUGUUAGGAAUUCGGGGAUUUGAAGUUCAAAACAUCUGCAGGGCCAGUUUGCGCAUGCCUGGUGUAGACUCGUAUAAUCCAAUUCAAAGCAGAUAAUCUGGGAUUAGAUCCUGGGAUGUAGGGUAGUGUAGACCCAGCUUCAGUCUCCAAAUAUCUACCAUUACAGAAGCUUAAGUGAGCAUUAAGAAUACAGUUGAGUUUAGACACUCAACGCAAAGGGGCGCACAAGAAAACUGUACUGAGUCCACCGCUGGUUAGAGGGGCAACCCAGGCAGGCCUCAGUGCUUGAGUUGUGUAGAUAAGGCCGGCGAAUCAACGGGAGCGAGAUUGGAAACCAGCGGGGGCAUCUGUCAACUCAAGCCCGGCUUGAAAGGGGCGUGGAGGGAGAAGGGGGGGAGACAGACCCCUUCCUCUCUUUGCCCUGGAGAAGCGGCGCCACUUCGGGCCUGUCUCGGAGGAGAGAGCCAGGCGGGCGGCCAAGUGCCUGGAUGUCCCCGGGGCGAGAAAGCGGGCUUCCCAGGCAGCAGUGGGCCUGGAUCCUGCUCUUCCUCCUCCUGCUGCUGCUCUGGUCCGGCGCCGCUGACGACUGCAGCUGGAAAGGGAGUGGCUUGAGGUGGGAGCCCCAUUCCCGUGCUGUGGAGCAAGUCCACCUCCGCUGCACGGAGGGAUUCCUGGAAUGGAUGUACCCGGCAAGAGCCCUUCGUGUCAUCCUGGAGCCCAACCUCUCCAGCGCUCCGCACACCACCAUAUGCAUCAAGCCAUCCAAUAACUUUCAAGGAGCCAACAUUUAUGUGGAGCGGGAUGGGCAGCUGCAUUUGUUGGUGGCUGACAAUGAGGAGCCCCACCUGCACCACGUGUCCUGCUUCAGCAGCCCUGCCCCUCAGCGGGUGGCCCUUUUCCUACAGGCCAGUCCUCAGAGCGACAUCAGCCGCAAGACUGCCAGUUUCCAGUAUGAAUUGCUGAGCAACCAGAGUGCCACAGGCCCAGACCUACAGAAAAUGCCCCUUAUAGAAGCCAUGUGCCGCCCGUGUGACAACAUGGAGCUCCUCAUGGCCAUUUGUAGCAGUGAUUUUGUGGUGAGAGGAUCAAUCCAAAAUGUUAUGCAUGAUUCAGAGAACCACAUCUCUCAGGUUGAUGUCGACGUACAGCAAGUCUACAGGCAGAAAAAUCAGAUCUUCCAGCAAGAUAAAGCAACUAGAGAGUGGCGGGGAUCCAUCAAAACCUUGCUGCAAUGUAAAGUGAAGAAAGGCAGAGGGGACUUCCUCUUCACAGGCAAUGAACACUUUGGUGAAGCUUGGUUGGGUUGUGCACCAAGAUUUAAAGACUUCGGAGCUGUCUAUCACAUAGCCAGAGAGAAAGGAGCGAAUCCCUGUGAGUUUCAUUUUUGACAGAUGAAGCAAUAUCUGUCAUAACCAUGAAUAUUGAUUUCAGAUUAUUAUUAUUUUGUAUAGAAGAAUGACAUUGAUUCUGAGAUAUGUGUCUGUGUCUUCAAGCCAACUAGUAAGGGCAGGUUGGUAUUGGGAAGAUUUGACUUUGGGUUUCCCCUAUGUCAGAGAUUCAAAUCUUGGGCAUGCUAAGUUCUUCUCACCACAGUUCCCAGUCUGUAAAAAUGGGAAUAGUGUGGCCUACCUCACAGGGCUGUUGUGAGGACAAACAAUAAAGAAUGGAAAGCACUUUGCAAAUUAAAGGAAAAGGGCUGGAAAAUACUGAAUGAUGACUGACUCACCUCUGAAAUUGCAAGAACAUGUUCUGCAUUCCACAUCAAAAAUCCUGAAUCUUCAUGCAAUGCAACUCCAUAUGGCAGUGUUUCUAAACCUGGGGGUUGGGACCCCUGGGGAGGGGGUCCCAAGGAGGGGUCAGAGGAGUCAGCAAAGACCAUCAGAAAACAUAUUUCUGAUGGUCUUAGGAACCCGUUUGGCAGAGAAAGCUGAAGAUCUCUCCGCUUGUCCGUCUCUUCCUUUUAGGGAAUAGACAAUUAAUCCUCCCAAAUUUGUGCCAAAUUUGGUCCAGGUCCAUCGUUGUUUGGGUUAACAGUGCUCACCAGAUGUAGGUGAACUACAUCUCCCCUAAAUCACUGUCAAUUCCUCCCAAAUCCCUGCAGUAUUUUCUGUAGGUCAUGGGAGUUCUGUGUGGGAAGUUUGGCCCAAUGCUAUCAUUGUGGGGUUCAGAAUGCUCUUUGAUUUUAGGUUAACUAUAAGUCCCAGCAACUACAACUCCCAAAUGUCAAGGUCUAGUUUCCCCAAACACCACCACAUUUGGGCAUAUUAAGGAUUUGUGCCAAAUUUGGUCCAGAUCCAUCAUUGUUUUGAGUCCACAGUGCUCUCUGGAUGUAGGUGAACUGCAACUCUAAAAUUCAAGGUCAGUGCCCACAAAACCUUCCAGUAUUUUAUGUUGGUCAUGGGAGUUCUGUGUGCAAAGUUUGGUUCAAUUCAAUCAUUGGUGGAGUUCAGACUGCUCUUUGAUUGUAGGUGAACUAUAAAUCCCAGCAACUACAACUCCCAAAUGACAAAAUGAACACCCCCAACCCCUCCAUUAUUCAAAUUUAGGUGUAUCAGGUAUUUACACUGCCAUAAAAAAAUCCAGAUUAUCUGAUUUGAACUGGAUUAUAUGACUGUGUAGACUCAUAUAAUCCAAUUCAAACCAGAUGUAGAUUAUCUACUUUGGUAAUCUGCAUUAUAUGGCAGUGUUGAAGGGGGCUCACUCAGAAAGCAGCUGUGAAAAUUAAAAAACUGAUGGAUUUUUUUACUCAUUGGUGAAAAGGAAGGAUCUAAAUGUAGCUAAUAAAUAAUUGAUUCCAAGUAGUACUUCUGUCUGGAGGAUAAUAUAUAUAGUACUUGUUUGUGGAGAUGUGGAGCUUCUAAGUGAAUUGCCAUCUCAAAUAAAGCAAACGUCUAUCUGCU